ACCAAGCCAUCAUUCAUUUGCUCUUAAAUAUACAAAUCUUAAGAGGUUACUACUCCUCUAAUAUUAAGUCAUCAUGUCCCUUUCCAACUUAGGAAGUGCCACUGCCACUAAUAGUAGUUUGAACCAAAAGAAUGCCACAAAUUCACUACAAAACAAAGCUAAUUUCUUGCCAAACCCAUUUGAUCUUCAUGACCCACAGAUCUUGGACAGAGUCUAUCUCACCCAUGUCACUGAUGAUGAAUUUUGUGAUACAAAUAUCAUUUUCGAACUUGUGUCCAGUGUUGUACUUCAGACUAUUCCAAAGAUUUCUGUAACCAGUUUCAAACCAGAAUUUCCUACACUGAAGCUGAUUUCUUGUCAGAUGAUAACCACACGUAAUGAUCCACAUUGUGUACACCAAACAACACUAUGGAUUCUUCAAAACCUGAGAUCUUACUCAUGGGAUGCAAAAGCACUUAUAACUCUAGCUGCUUUCACUUUGGAAUAUGGAAACUAUUUGCAACUUAAUCGCGUUACAACGACAGACACGCUUGGAAACUCGUUGAGAGUAUUGAAUCAAGUUCAAACCAGAAAGAUUUCAAAUGAUGUAACUGAAUUGGUCAAAUAUAUAGUGGACAUGUUGAUUCACCUGAAUGUGUGGGCAACAUGGUCUGCUGACGGCUAUGAUCCAGUUGAUGUUCCUGCUUUGACAGACGCCUUGCAAGAAAUUCCUGUCUUUGUUUAUUGGACAAUUGCUUCCAUUGUUGCUUCUACUGGCAACCUUGUCGGUGUUUCGGACUAUAAAUUAUCAGCUUAUAAAGAGAGGCUUUCUCGCGUUGUUGAGGAGUUGGUUAAACAUCUGGCAACAUGCGAACGGCAAAUAAGAAAUGUAGAUGAUUUAACUAGCCGCACGAAUAACUAUCGUAAGCCCAAAGAUAUUGUUGAUUGUUUGAAAGCUUUGAUCCACCGCAAUGGAACUGAUAUUCCACAAAUCUAUCAAGGCAAUGUCCAAGUUAAAUCGGGUCUUGAUAUUUUUAAGCAGAAACAUGUGUUGCUAUUCAUUUCAAGCCUUGAUAGAAUUCAAGAUGAGAUCACACUUUUGAAUUCAAUCUAUGAAAGAUUGCAAGAAAAUCCAAAAGAAUCAAAAGGUUUCAUGAAAGAAGACUUCAAGAUUUUGUGGAUCCCCAUUGUGAAGAAGUGGGAUGAUAUCCAGAUAGAAAAUUUCAAAGCAUUGAAGAGUGGUAUCAAAUGGUAUGUAGUGGAGUACUUUUCUGAGUUACCAGGCCUCAAGAUAAUAAAAGAUCCAGAAUUAAUAGGCUACAUUGAUAAUCCUAUUAUCCCAGUGUUCAACCCUAAAGGAAUCAUAACCAAUGAAGAUGCUAUGGACUUGAUUUUCCAAUGGGGCAUUGAUGCAUUCCCAUUUAGGAAAAGUGAUGGUAAUGACCUCAAGUUGAAGUGGAACUGGCUUUGGGAUGUCAUCAAAAAAGCAACUCCUGGACUACUGGUGAAAGUGGACAGAUACAUCUUUAUCUAUGGAGGUACCAACAAAAAAUGGAUCCAAGAUUUCACACUUGAGUUGGAAAAGAUCAAGAGGCACGAGACUAUCAAGCGUGCAGACGUUAUAAUAGAGAAUUAUCAAGUGGGCAAAGAUGAUCCUAACCGUGUUCCAAGUUUCUGGAUGGGUAUAGAAAGAAAGAAACAAAACAAGAAGCAUCAAGAGACUGUGGAUUGCAAGAUUCAAGAAAUAGUGAAAGACUUGUUUUGCCUCAGACGUGAUCCACAAGGAUGGAUUAUUCUAAGCAAAGGACAUAGCAUUAAACUUCUUGGUCACGGCGAGCCGGCUUAUCAAACUUUGGUUGAGUUUCAGAAUUGGAAAGACAAAGUGUUGGAGAAAGAAGGGUUUGAUAUUGCAUUUAAAGAGUAUUAUCAGAUGAAGGCUAAAGAGAUAUCUGGUCGUGAACCAUGUGAAGUUCUUAAUGUUGAUACCUAUAGUUCAAAUGUUAUAGGUACUAUAUCAUGCCCUAAUCCUAUGUGUGGACGUGUGAUGGAGGUUAGUUCUAUUCAUUACAAGUGCUGCCAUCGUGAUGAACCAAACAAUCUUGGUGUUUGAUUCAUGUGAGAAGUGAUAUAUUGUUCCUAGUUAACUUGCUUUUGUUGUGUUUUUUCAAUUUCUGUUAUGUUUUUGUUUGUUGACAGCAUGUGUCUGUCCAAAUAAUAUGUACUAUGUAGUGUGUGAUGUUUAUGUAACAGCCCUUUAAAUGGGUGAGAAUAAGUGUGGCUUCAAUAUGUAUUCUGUAUGAUAUUGAAGUUUAUGAAUAUGAAUAAAAUUAAUUAUAUA